GUCUCCUCUACUAAUUUCUCACUGCACAGUCCUAAGAGAAAAUGCAAGGAUAUGUUAGGUAUUGUCAGCCUAUGCGGGGACAAAACAACAAACAACUCAUUAAAACCAUUGCAAUAAUAUCGUUAUCACGAUCUCCAUAUCUUCAAAUCUUACACACUGGAGGAGCCUUGCGUGCAUUUAUCCCUACUUCCCAUCUCCUUUGUCAUACAAACUCUUGUGGCUUUGCCUACUCUCAGAUGAAGAUGAGUGUUCUAGGGGUAGUCAAACCAUCGACCUCACCCACUAAACAAGCCCUAAUUUCCACACCUACCGCCCACCAAUUCAUUACACUCUUGGAGUCCAAAUGCACCUCCAUGAACCACCUCAAGCAAAUCCACGCCCAAAUAACCAGACAUGGCCUCAGCCAAAACAACUUUCUCAUGGCCUCCCUUGUAAAAUUCUGUGCAGAACCCACAUCAGGCAACCUUAACUAUGCGCGCGCAGUUUUCAACCAAUUGAAAGACCCCCACCCAUUCAUAUGGAACACCAUGAUAAGAGGGUGCUCAGAAAACAAUGCCUUGGAAGAAGCCAUCCUAUUCUACUGCACCAUGGUUCAAGAAGAUGUUCAACCCAAUAAUUUCACCUUUCCCUCUGUAUUUAAGGCAUGUAAUGGUAUUAAAGCUCUAAAAGAAGGUGAACAGGUGCACACCCACGUCAUCAAACAUGGGCUCAUGAGUUAUGGACAUGUGCAUAGCUCCAUGAUUCAGAUGUAUGGUUCUUGCGGGCAGCUUCCAAAUGCUCGCCGAUUAUUUGAUAGAAUUCAUGAACCUGAUGUCGUGUCCUGGAAUUGUUUGAUUGACUCCCACUUGAAAAAUGGAGAGCUUGAGGAGGCCAAGGAGCUGUUCCAGAACAUGCCAUUUAGAAGUACUGGGUCAUGGAAUGCUAUGAUCACAGGGUUCAUGAGAUAUGGGUUGAUUGAUGAAGCAAGGGACCUGUUUGAUGAAAUGCCAUCAAGGGAUGAAGUCUCAUGGAGUGCCAUGAUAGAUGGAUAUGUACAAUGUGGGCAUGGCAAGGAAGCACUAAUGCUCUUCAGAGAGAUGAUGGGCAGGGGAAUAUCACCAAAGAAAUUUGUGUUUUCAAGUGUGCUUGCUGCUUGUGCUCAAGUAGGGGCGGUAGAAGAAGGGAGAUGGAUCCAUGCUUACCUCAAGAAGAACUCGAUUCAAACAGACACAAUUCUAGGAACUUCACUGAUAGAUAUGUAUGCCAAGUGUGGGUGUUUGGAUAUGGCACAAAAGGUUUUUACGGAGACACGAUGUCAAGAGGUGUCCCCAUGGAAUGCCAUGAUUGGAGGGCUUGCCAUGCAUGGGCAUGGCAUGGAUGCAAUCCGACACUUCUCAAGGAUGAAGAGAGAGAAAGUAAGGCCAGAUGGCAUCACCUUUAUUGGUGUCUUGAAUGCAUGUGCUCACGGAGGAUUGGUAGAGCAAGGACUUCAAUACUUUGAGUCCAUGAAACGAGAGCACAACAUUCAACCCAUGAUGGAGCAUUAUGGAUGUAUAGUCGAUCUCUUAGGUAGGGCGGGGCUCUUAGCCGAGGCUGAGGAGUUCAUUGGAUCUAUGCCUGUAGAACCAAGCUCAGGUGUUUGGGGAGCUCUACUUGGGGCUUGUAGGAUUCAUGGCAAUUUGGAAUUGGGGGAGAGAGUGGGGAAGCUCUUGCUUGACUUAGAGCCACAAAAUAGUGGCCGUUAUGCUCUGCUAUCGAACAUAUAUGCAUCGGCUGGUAGAUGGGAUGAGGUAUCAGAUGUAAGAAAAUUGAUGAAAGAUAGGGGUAUCAAGACAACCCCUGGGUGUAGCAUCAUAGACUUGGAUGGUGUUAUACAUGAAUUUGUCAUGGGAGAUGGCAUGCACCCACAAAUGAAGGAAAUUCAUGAAAUGCUGAAGGAGAUAAUGGAGCAAUUGAAAAUGGAAGGUUAUGUGCCAAACACUAAGCAUGUUUUGUUUAAUAUAGAUGAGGAAGAUAAGGAAAGUGCAUUAUGUCACCACAGUGAGAAACUAGCAAUUGCUUUUGGGUUUCUUAGCACUGCUCCAGGAACGCCCAUCCGUAUUGUUAAGAACCUUCGUGUGUGUGGUGAUUGCCACUCUGCAACAAAAAUCAUUUCAAGAGUCUAUAAUCGUGAAUUAGUUGUGAGAGAUCGGGUUCGCUACCAUCACUUCAAAGAUGGAAUGUGUUCUUGCAAGGAUUAUUGGUGAUCUUGAGGGAUCUACAGAAACACUCAUUACCAGACAUAAUAGUGGGAAACUAUUUUGGCAAUGAAGUGUUAAAGAUGUCAUCAUUAUGGCUUACAAGCAACAUUAUGAAGAUUCUUCUGGAGUCAUCCUUUUGUGUUUAGUUGCGCAAGCUGAACUCAGGAGCCUAACCUGAGAGAGAUUCAAACCAAGUUCCACUACUCAACAAGUGGUAUACCUAAUGUUAUUUUGACACAACACUAUUUUAACUAUUUUUCUAGUGUAACACUUGUAUAAAAAUUAUACUUGUUUCAUUGUAACGAUUCCUUAGUUCUAUAUAACCAUAGCCAAUCCUUUCCUUCUCCAGCUGUUGUAAAGUGGCUGACAAUACACAGGGGUACUGUUUACUGUUUAUAUAGCUGACGAUGAUAUAGUCAUUUUGGGCACUACAAGUAUACAGCUUGUGUCAAUUUCAAUAAGUUGGUGAAGAAUUGAGAUAAUGCCACUCUAAUAACUAGAAAGUCAGUGGUAAAAAGCAACACCAGAUUGAAAAUAUGACUAAGGGAGUUUCUUAUUGAAUGACUUCUCGAUGCAAAUCUGCGCCUUCCUUUAUUUCCAAAUAAUAGAAC